AGAAUUAAUUACUAAAAGUACAAAAAUACAUGGGAUUUCACUCGGCGCCCAAAGGGGCGUCCCCCACACUGGCCUCCUAAUCCUCGGGUAUUGGAGGCGCAUCUGCCGUCGGGGUGCAUCAGCCGCUGGUGGAACGGGCGCCUCCUCCCCCUCACCCGUGUCGAGCAUUUCCGCAAUCACAAAGUUGGCCAUGUCUCCCAGAUCCCAAGUCUGGUCCUGGUGAUCCCGAUCGAGCUUCUUCUUCAGGAUGCUUAUGCUCGUCAAGAAGGCGUUUGCAAACAGGUUCUUCCCAGCCUUGGUGUCCUCGUAGUGACCCAAAGAACGCCUUCAGGGAGGCAAUCUCCUUCCGAGCUGCCGUCAUGGCCUUCUUAUAGUUUUUGUGACCAUGGGACAUGGAAGUCAACUUAUCUUGGAGCCUCCCCUUCUCUUCUUUGAGAAGGUCGAUAUCACGCCUACCUCUCUUGAGAGAGUCUCCUUCUCGGACUCCUAGGCCAAGAGCUUCAUCGCGAAAUCCUUUCGCUCGGCCUCCAACUGCGCCCGACCUUAGCUUCGCAUCGACACCGCUCCUCGUCGAGGAUAGUCUGCAUUCGGGAAACCUCCUUGGCCACCUCCAGCUGGGAGUCUUCACACUCCUUCACCAGCUGCUCGCGGAGAAUAUUGGUCGUAUCAAGAUCGUCUUUCGCCACGGACAAGGAGUUUGAAGCAGCCAAACUUUCUCCUUUGGCUGCCUCUAGGCGCCGGGCACCUCUCGCAGCAAAAAGGAGCACCUACAUACGAAAUUUUAAGUUAGAACCUUUCGUGGAAAACUUGGGAAAGUAGUGAAAAUGAUGAGGACACCAAUGGGCCAGUCACACGUGCUAAGGCAAGGACGUUGAAGGAGAAGCUUGUGACAUAUUUGGAGAGCUACUUUGGAGCCAUGGACGUGGAGCAUUUCGAGGGAAGCCAUAUAUGAUGAUUCGAGUGGAGGAAGAAGGAGGAAGUGCUGAAGAGAAGGCAGAUUGCAAGAAGCAGCCUUAACGGGUUUGCUUAACGGAUCCAGCCUUAACCGGUUUACUUAACGGGUCCAGGCUUAAUGGUUUGGGCUUAAUGGGUUUGCCGGGCUGUUUCCGAGUUUCCUUGUUUUAAAGUCGGUUUAUGAUUGUUUUUCCAUGUAGGAGUUGGAUGUGGGUUGUACUUUGCCUAUUUAAAGGGCUAAACACGUUGGUUUGCCCUUAGACGAUUAUUAUUGAAUUUCAGAGGCUAUUACCGAGUUCGCUACGCAGAAUUUGCCCUAAUUACUCUGUCGACAAUAUCCAGAGUGCUAGAGCGACUCUUAUCAGCUAGGUAUUCACCAUGGUUUUGGCGAGCUACCCAUAUCGAUUGCCCUUUAUUCUGAGUUGAAUCUGUCCGAUCGAUUCAUAUAUCAAUUUCCCUUAUUCACGGGUGAGUACUGUCCGAUCGAUUUCCAUCCUAUCCGGUUCUGUUUAGUUCGAGAAGCUUGACCCUGCGCUACUUUGAUUAUAUCAAGUGAUAUCAGAGCUAAGGUUCAAAUCAGUGGCGUGUUCUUGAAGUUUUUUUUUUUGAAGAUCUUGUGUGUUCUUGUUCGUGUUCUUGGUGUUUUUGUGCGAGUUCUUGAAGGUCUUGGCGUGUUCUUGAGCCGCAAGACAUGAGGUUGUUUGUUCUUGGGAGUUCAUGGUGUUUCUUGCGAGGCAAGAGGCAGGUUGUGCGAGUUCUUGUGUUCUUGAAGUUUUCUUGCAUCAUGAACAUGGAAGCAUCACUCGAAGCGAUUAGAAAUCAAUUGGAGAACAUUGCUCGUGCUCAAGAAGAGCAAACAGCAAGGCUUGUCGAGCAAGCCACGAGGAUGGAGGCUGUCGAGACAAGGCUCCAGCACCCGGUUGUGGUCACGAAGUAAGGGGAAGGGAAAACCGAGCUCCUCCACCCUUGGUUCACGAAGUACAGCGUCAUAUGUGCCAGCAUUGACGCCUUGGAAUGCCUCGAGUUGAAAGGAGAGGGCGGAAGCAGCAUCAUGAAGAGGAGUUUAAUUACGAGGAAUAAGAGGGCUUAAAGAGGAGGAUGAUUUGUGAAACCUCAAGGUCACGAUUCCACCUUUUCGCGGUACCACUAACCCUGAUGCUUAUUUGGAUUGGGAGCAAAAGAUGGAUUUAGUGUUUGAUUGUCAUAACUACUCCGAGAAGAAGAAAGUGACAUUGGCUUCCCUAGGAGUUCUCGGAUUAUGCACUUGUUUGGUGGGAUCAGUUGGGAACGAAACGAAGGAAAAAUAGGCAGCGUCCUAUUGAGACGUGGGAUGAGAUGAAAGGAAUUAUGAGAGAUCGGUUUGUAUCGAGUUCCCAUUUGCGAGAUAUGUAUCAAAAACCUCCAGCUUCUCCGGCAAGGAACUAAAAGCGUUGAAGAUUAUCACAAGGAGUUGGAAGUGUUGAUGAUACGUGCUGAUGUGAGAGAGGACCACGAGGCUACCAUAGCUCGUUUUCUGUAUGGUCUCAAUCAAGAUAUCAAGAAAGUGGUGGAGAUACAACCAUUCCUUGAACUUGAAGAUUUGGUGGAUAUGGCAAGUAAAGUGGAACGGCAGCUUCAAAAUAGGAGGUUUUAACCCUCCACAAAUUCCACACGUUCGAGCCAAAGAGUUGCAACCAACCCUAAGCUGCAACUGCCUGUGAAAGAAGCUCCUAGACCCGCGGCAAGGGCUGAUGGUGCAAAUCCAGUUAUGAAGCAAGGUGGAUCGUUGGGGGAAAUUUGUUGUUUCAAAUGCCAUGGAAGAGGACACAUUGCGAGCCAGUGUGCCAAUAAGAAGACCCUGAUCUUGUUUGAUAAUGGCGAGUAUGUAUCGGAGGAAGAGGAAGAGACCACCGAUUCUGAUGUCGAUGAGUCUAUGGAAAUGGAACCACCUCCAGGCAGUUUGUUUGUAGCGCAGCGGUAUAGGGGAUAAUACCCGAUAGAGGUCAAGAAUACCCGAUUGGGUAUUUUUGCUCUCUGGCCGGGACCCCUUCUGUUUCUAGACGUCCAAAAUAGAUUUUCCCCGGCCUCUCUUAGCGAUUUACCCGGUCGGGUAUUAUUACUCAUGGCCGGGUAUUUUGCUCCUCCAGCCCCCUUCAACUCAAACGUCCUUCUUUUGACCCGAAACUCGUUUUCUCGCCUUAAUGUCAACGCCAAGCCCUGAAAUAUGACAUAAACACACAAGCUAGGG